AUGACCACCAUUACUAAAAUAGAACAAUGGGAUGAUUUUUAUAAAAACCUUCCGAGGGAUUGUACAGACAUAGAUAUCAAACAAAAGAGUGGUGUCUUUAAAAUUUACCCAAAAGGCUCUGCUGAUGGAUUUGACGUAUACUGUGAUAUGUCAACAGAGAGUGUGAAUGGCGGAUGGACGGUGUUUCAAAGGAGAUAUAAUGGUCGGGUCGAUUUUUACAGAGGGUGGAAAGACUAUAAAAGAGGAUUUGGAAGUCUGCAGACAGAAUUUUGGCUUGGCAACGACAAACUCCAUACUCUGACAUCACAAGCGAAAUAUGAACUGUUGAUAACCAUGGAAGAUUUCUCCGAUCAGAACCGUUAUGCUUUGUAUGAUAAAGUAAAAGUAGGUGAUGAGAAAUCGAAAUACAAGUUAAUCAUCGGUGCUUAUAGCGGAAAUGCAGGAGAUUCUUUUACCGAUCAGCAAGGUCAAAAAUUUUCGACAAAAGAUCAAGAUAAUGAUGUUUAUUCUGGAAGUUGUGCAACCAUGUUUAAAGGAGCGUGGUGGUUCAAGUCAUGCCAUGCUUCAGAUCUGAAUGGACUUUACCUGUCCGGGAAACAUUCUUCCUAUGCUAAUGGUGUAAACUGGCUAAGCUGGAAAAGUCAUUAUUACUCACUUAGGAGCACAGCUAUGAUGAUAAGGAGAUUGAAGUAGC